AGCUUGGUCCUGGGGGUUGCUGCCUGCGCCUGCCUCCAGCUCCCACCCUCUCUAAAAGGAAGACGGAGAAAGGACCAGCCAAGGAAGAGGGUUAAGGUUAUGGGAGGGGGCCACACACUUCUUCAGGCUUGCGUCAUGGAGGGUCUCCUAUCCCUGCCUGUCUCUUGGCUCAUCUCCCAACUUCUGGGUGUUAUUUUUUUUUUCAUCCUGACCUCUUCUCUUUUUCUUCCUUCUCUCCUUUUCCAGGACUGGGCUGGGCUCAAGUAAGGGGAGGGUUAACCAUGCUUCCCUCCUCCCCCUGUUCUCCAAGGGGUCAGUGCAGGCCAUAGCAAAGACACUCUGGGCAGCUGGGUGAAGGCAGGCAGGCCUUCCUACUUCACAGCCAGGUUUCUGGAAGUGCCUUCUCACUCCUGUCUGCUUUCUUAUCCUGCUAACUUCCUGUUGCUCUUCCUGAGCUGGUAGCCACGGUGGGGGGCUGUGGCCUGUGGGGCCUAUAGAGAUGUUCAGUGCUUGGGAUCGCCGGGACUGGCCCCCCGAAGAGAGGCCAGCUUCAGGGCUCCAAGGCUUCGCUGUGGACAAGACCUUCUUCUCUUCCCUCAAAGGCAUCCUGCUGGAAACGGAGCUGGUAACAGCUGCCCCCGCCGCCAUCCUGGCCCUGACCUUCAUCAUCUUCAUCUGCUUCACGGCCUCCGUUUCUGCCUACAUGGCCGCGGCCCUGCUGGAGUUCUUCAUUACGCUCGCCUUCCUCUUCCUCUACGCCACCCAGUACUACCAGCGCUUUGAUCGACUUAACUGGCCCUGCCUGGACUUCCUCCGCUGUGUCAGUGCCAUCAUCAUCUUCCUGGUGGUCUCCUUUGCUGCUGUGACCUCCCGGGAGGGAGCUGCCAUUGCUGCUUUUUGGCCCCGAAUCCUCUGCUGUGCCAUCUCUGCUCCCACAGGUUUUUGGCAUCAUCCUGGUUUCUGUUUUUGUCUACGAUGCCUUCAAGAUAUAUCAGACUGAAAUGGCGCCCAGGGCCCCUGAGGGGGACCAGCAGUGACUUUGAGGCUACCUGGCUCCUAGGCCGAGAUGAACACAGGGGACUGCAGAGCUCAGACACAGCUCCUUGUAUUCACGGAACACCCAGCACACAGAUCCCUACCGCUGAGAAGUCACUGAGGAUGGAGCCUGGUGCUUUGGGGUCUGGCCUCUGAUGAGGUUCUGACCAGAGGAGCGGAGGAGAGAAGAGGAAGGAGGAAAGGAAGCUGGGCCCCCAGUUAUUCCCAAAUUAAAAGAUUCAAAUCCUACUGGCAGGUCUUCUUCUUCCCCAGACAUUAGGCAGAUCGGGAGUGUCAAGGUGCAUUGGUGGAAAUGUUGCCUGGAGUACGUGGACCCCUUUGGGACCAGGUCUGAGCAGUGAGGUGGUGCUGGCAGGCCUGAAGAGAUGAGGACACCCUCCAAGGCUAAACUACCACAGCCUGAGGCAUCUGAGGACGAAUUCUCAAAAUACUGUAUGCAACCCACUGCCUGAUAUGCCUGUGACUUGGAGCUCUGCCCCUGAAAAGGCACAGGUUUCCUAUGUGAAGAAGUGUGAAACCCACUGCCCCCCACCCCCAUACCUGUUAGCUGCACCAGCUGAGGUGCUUCUCUGGGGCAGGUAUAGAGCUCCCCCUGGUGGUGUGGAGAGGACUUGGCUGGCAAAUGACAGGGGAAAGGGCUGCUGUAGGCAUCAGAGAGAGAAAUUCCCCAAAUGCUGGUGCUGUAAAGGUCCCUAGAAAUCAGUUGCCUUGAUGCCUUCAUUAUACAUAAGAGAAAACAGGCUCAGGGUAAGUGACUUCCUUGUUUGUGACACAGCUAGGGCUACAACCCAGCGCUCGUUAGCCACACAGGUGAUCUGGAUACCGUCCUAAAUUCCACUGUGGCUCAGAAUACAAUGUCCCGGCCUCAUCUGCAGCUCCUUCCACCAGUGGCUCGCUUUUCCAGCCUGAAGCUGCUCAGCACAUGUUUUCUGAGGCUCUCUUGUGUGCAGACCCUGUGCUAGCACUAGGGAUUCAGAGGUGAUGGGCAGGGCCGUCCCUGAGCCCUCAUGGGUGGGGAGAGAGACCAGCUAGUGAAGGGCUCUGCAUGGUAAAAGCUAGGGGAAAGCUUGGCUCUGAGGGCAUUUGAGGCGACCAUUGCCACAACCUGGGAAUCAGCCCUUCCUGGUCCGUGACAGUUCAGAGCAGCCAGGACUUUGUGCCCAGCCUGAGGAGCUCAGCAUGGCCCAGCUCAGUGGCCCCACCCAUUCUGACUUGCUGUUCCCUCUCCAAGGCUUCUUACUGCCCUAAAGCAUCCUCCUCCUUCCUCUGAGGUGUUCCUUCCAGUUGCAGGUCCCCACCCCCAAGCCUUGCCUGGACCCUGGAUCUUGAACUCUGUGGCAGAGCUCUGCUCCUUUGGUAGUGGCCUCUCCUCUCUUGGACUUUCCCUGUCUCCUGUUUCCUGUUCUCAUAUCCUUGUGUCCUGGCUUCUCAUCAGACUGGACAGGCUCUCCAUGGCCAGAACCAUGCAUUUCAUGUUUCUCACAAUUCUGCUCACAGUUCUCAGACUUGAUGCACAGUCCAUUCCCAAGACCGGCUGACUGACUUGGAGGGUGGAAUAGGAUGGGCACCACCUCAGGGGAGGGACAGAAGAGGUCCAUCUCGGGGAAUUUGGGGAAGGGGGUGCCAGGUAAAGCAAUGAGGAGGUGGUCUUAUCAAAAAGCCCAGUAGAGGCAGGUGUUUGCUUGGAGCAGGUGAUCAGGACCAGCUUGGUCUCCUGAGCAGCUAUGUGACUGGUCCUCAGUGGAUGCCCAGAGACUGCAGAAGUGCAUGCAGUGUGUGUACCUGUACACAUCCCUGUGCUGUCUAUGUCUGUGUGAGAGCCAAAAUGAGAUGAGCAGUGUCCACAAUGCAUAUCGAUUUGGGCUGAGCAUUGUCUGGUCCCAGAGUGCUAGGAAUGCCACUGUAUGAGGUACUGACACACAGAGCUGGAGUCAGACCCUGGGGAUGACAGAGAGGGGCCCCCUGUAGGUUACUUCCAAGGGGCUGACUAGAUAGGAACUUCUCCACAUCCUUUCUGCACCUGAACCUGCUCUGACAUCAGUGGAGAGAUCUUUCUGGAAAGGACAGUGUUUUAGGACAACUUUAACUCCUGUGGCCUCAGAGAUAUGGGAGGCGAAGGGUACUUUCAGCUUCGGCACCAAAGUUCUGACUCUCAGUGUCUGUAAUUGGCUCACCCCGUUGCUGCCUUUAUUUCCUCCACUUCUGAAACAUCUCCCUCCCUUUCCCUGUGUGGGUGACUAAGCAGAGCUGAGAUUUCUGCUGUCAGGCAGGACACCCUGUCCAGGCUUGGUUUCCUCCUCUAUAGAUGUGGGGUGCUUUGGCUCCUUCAGCUUGGAUGUAGUGGCUGGAAUCACCCUCGUUUAAUACCACCAACCCUCCUGCUCCAGGAUGAAGGUCUGACAGAAAGAUGAAGGAUGCAGGUGUGCAGGGUCAGAUAUUCGUGUUUAUUGUUCUUGAGCCACAGCGAGUUUCUGCAGACAUGGUCACUCUUCAUCGUGCAUUUUUUGCUGGGAGAGGGAUAAGAGGUGUGAGAGUGGGCAAGCGGGCCUGGUGAAGAAUCCCUGGGGCUUUCAGGGGCCUAGGCUUAGAAGAGGCCCUUAGAAAGGGAGGGGUUAGCUUCAGGGAUCUUGGGCCCUGUGGUAGGGGUGCUAGUAGCCUAGAGGACAGGGCAAGGGCUUUCUGCGGAGUUCCAGUCUGAGGGGGUCUCUGUGAGCAGGAGGGUGGAUUUCCAGAUCGAGUACCAUGGGACCCUCAGGGCUGUCCAAAUGUAGUGUGAGCAGUAGCUCCUCCGAGGGACACGUGUCAGAGGGCAUGCCGCUGUGGGGGUGACUACUGAAGCCCAGGGGAGGGACCCACCUUGGUGCCAAUGUCGCGGCUCUUGGCCCGCAGCUUGUUGACUUGGGACUCGGCAAUGUCUGCCCGCUCCUCCGCCUCAUCGAGCUCAUGCUGCACCUUGCGGAACUUGGACAGGUUGGUGUUGGCCUGCUCCUCCUGUGGACAGUGGGGAGGAUGGGUGAGAGGGGCCAUGGGGAGUGGAAGUUCCUAGUCUCUCAGCCCAAAACGCUCGUUCCGUCUCUGACCUCCUCAGCCAUGUUUCUACUCCUUGCCUGGCUUGGCCCCUUUCUCAAACUUGUCCAGCAUUCAGAAUCCUUCAGGGUUACUCACAGCCCGGGACAAAGAGCAUGCAGGCUGGCGUGACACGCCCCCCAAAUCCGCUUCACUGUAUGUGUUCCAAUUGCAUCUCGGAUAGAUGCUGGUUGACCUGGGGUUUCCUGCACAGGUGUGCACAUCCCACCUCACUCCCACAUUUUCUUGCCUGCCCGGAAAUCUUCCUUACAGCCUUGCGCCAAGUCAGGUCCACUUCCUGGCCUGAUUCCAGAUCCACAGCCACUUUCCUGCCUUCAGUAUCAUCUCUACUACCUCCUCUUGGACUUGGGCAGGUAUAUGGGCUAUAAGCUGGGGCAGGCAGGGCAGGGGCAGAUGUAGCAUUGCUUCUGUGAACUCAUAUCGCCUGACACAACUCUCGGCAUACUGGACAUAUAAAAUAAUGCUUUUAGAGAGUUAAAGAUUAGCACAGACCUUUAUCUGUGUCCUGCUUUGGCAGAUCUUCAUUGGCUCACACAUAGUAGGAGCGAUGAUGACAGGGAAGAAAACCACAAACUCACCGCCUCCUCCGCCUGGCGCUUGUAGGCCUUGACCUUCAGCUGCAGCUUGUCCACCAGGUCCUGCAGCCGCAGCAGGUUCUUCCUGUCCUCCUCGGUCUGGAGGGCAGGAGGGGGCGAGAGGAGGCAGUUUGGGGAGGAGCAAGUACGAUUACUUUUCCCUUCCCCCGCUCCAUGCCACUGUUCUCCCUGGACUCAGUUGCCCCUCCUUCCAAUGGCAAGGAAGUGGCAAGGAAGAUUCUAUCUCUGAUGUCACUUAUAGGCGAGAGAGGCAAGGCAGGCCUGUCAGUCAAGAAUUCACAAAACAGCUCUAUCCACCAGUUUGAGGCCGGAAGUGGAGGGGGGAUCUCAAGACCAAAGGGAAUUCCCUGAUGCGGUCCUGUGGAGGCACCUGCUCUCUUCCGGCCUCAAUCUGGUGGAUAGAGCUGUGACUUGGAGCAACGUGGGGUAACCAGAAGAGUAAUAAUGAGGAAGGAAGAAAGACGGGGGCAUUGUCAUUGCUCAGAUCGUUCCACUCUACCAUAGCCCGAUAUUCUAACUCACUGCACUGGGCCAGAGUUCAGGUACUAGGAUCCCUGGCUUCCACGUCACUCGACUGCUCCUGUCUCCUUAUUACCCUAUGUGCUAGGACCCCGCUUCCAUUGUAUUCACACCAAGUUUUGGUUCUACACCUGUAAUCUCUUUCCUGUGCCUCUGGUGUCUACCUGUCAGAUUGACCAACACUUCCAUAUUCAGAGUUUUUCCUUCCCAGGACACUGUGAAAAUAACAGGUCAAGGGCCAAUACUGAUUGGGAAGAUGGAGAUCAUAGAAUAUUCUGUGAUCUUUUACUAGGCCUCCUCUUACUUGUCUCAGAGCUUCCAUGGAAGAUCAAUAAGUCUCUUUCCUUCACUUGGCUCUUGUUCCUAAACUGCAUGGUCUCCUUCCGUGUCAGGAUGGUAGAAAGUGAAAGAUUCUUUGGACUAUUUUGGAAAGCAGCUAUGCUCACCACUAUUCCACCAACGCUGCACUCUGGACUAUUUUGAAGGCUUUAUUAUACCACUUCGAGUUAUUAAAAAUCUGAGGAAGGUCUAGGAUUUAGCUCAGUGGUGUUACUGCCUGCCUUGCAAGCACAGGUCCUGAGUUCAAUCCCCAGUACCCCGCCCAAAAAAUCUGAGGAAAUGCUGGUAAAUGAGAUUUCAGGAAGGAGAAGUAGAUUCUGCGCUACAAAAAUAUAUGGAUUCAAGCUGAAGUGAAUCCAGAGAAGGUGAAAGGAAGGGAAUCUAUGGACAGCAUCUCAAAGACAGGAGGGCUGCUCAGUGUUCCUGACAGGUGGUUCAUCAGGGGCUCUGUGUGUGCCAGGAAGUGGAGCUGGAGAAGCUGCUGCCGCGUUUACUCCCGAUGCCCCCCCGCACCUGGUAGGUGAGCUCCUUGAUGCGCCGCUCACUCUUCCUCAUGCCCUUGACUGAUUCCGCGUUGCGCUUCUGCUCACUCUCCAGCUCAUUCUCCAGCUCCCGCA